GCUCGUCGGUCCCCGCGGCGGUGGCGGCGGCGGCGGCGGCGGCGGCCCAGUGACAGCGGCGGCACCGCCAGGCCCGCCGUGGUAGCUUAGGGUUGCGCGGCCUGAAACGCGGACCCGGCCAGAGAGCAGUGCGACGCGAGGAAGGCCCGACCGGGGCCGUGCGUAAGGAGACCUCGCGCCCGCCGAGCGAGAGGCCGGCGAAAGGAGCGCGGAGGUUGUGGCUGCCGGCGGCCCAGACCCGCCAGUCUCCGCGGUCGCCGCCGGCAUGAGCCACAUCCAGAUCCCGCCGGGGCUCACGGAGCUGCUGCAGGGCUACACGGUGGAGGUGCUGCGGCAGCAGCCGCCUGACCUCGUCGACUUCGCGGUAGAGUACUUCACCCGUCUGCGCGAAGCCCGCGCCCAAGGUUCAGUCCUGCCCGCCGCCUCUUCUUUGGGCUACCACACGCAAGAGCAUGGCCCGGACCAUGUCGCUGACGAGGACAGCGACUCAGAGGAGGACGCGGACUUGGAAGUUCCAGUUCCAAGCAGAUUUAAUAGGCGAGUAUCAGUCUGUGCUGAGACUUACAACCCUGAUGAAGAAGAGGAAGAUACUGAUCCAAGGGUGAUUCAUCCUAAAACUGAUGAACAGAGAUGCAGACUUCAGGAAGCUUGCAAAGAUAUUCUUCUUUUCAAAAAUCUUGAUCAGGAACAGCUUUCUCAAGUCCUUGAUGCCAUGUUUGAAAGGAUAGUCAAAGUUGAUGAGCAUGUCAUUGACCAAGGAGAUGAUGGAGACAACUUUUAUGUCAUAGAACGGGGAACCUAUGACAUUUUAGUAACAAAAGAUAAUCAAACUCGCUGUGUUGGUCAGUAUGACAACCGUGGCAGUUUUGGAGAACUCGCUCUGAUGUACAACACCCCAAGAGCUGCUACCAUUGUUGCCACCUCAGAAGGUUCUCUUUGGGGACUGGACCGGGUGACUUUUAGAAGAAUCAUAGUGAAAAACAAUGCAAAAAAGAGGAAGAUGUUUGAAUCAUUUAUUGAAUCUGUGCCCCUCCUUAAGUCACUAGAGGUAUCAGAACGAAUGAAGAUUGUGGAUGUAAUAGGAGAGAAGAUUUAUAAGGAUGGAGAGCGCAUAAUCACUCAGGGUGAAAAGGCUGAUAGCUUUUACAUCAUAGAGUCCGGUGAAGUGAGCAUUUUGAUUAGAAGCAAGACUAAAACAAACAAGGAUGGUGGGAACCAGGAGGUCGAGAUUGCCCGCUGCCAUAAGGGGCAGUACUUUGGAGAGCUUGCACUCGUCACAAACAAACCCAGAGCUGCUUCAGCUUAUGCAGUUGGAGAUGUCAAAUGCUUAGUUAUGGAUGUACAAGCAUUUGAGAGGCUUCUGGGGCCCUGCAUGGACAUCAUGAAGAGGAACAUCUCACACUACGAGGAACAACUAGUGAAGAUGUUUGGCUCCAGCAUGGAUCUAAUUGACCCUGGGCAAUAGGUGUGCCACACCCCAGAGCCUUCUCAGUGUGACACCAAAACCUUCCGGUCAGCCACAGAACACAGAAAACAGACACGACAGAACCGUUCCUGCUGUUGCCACCACUGCUGCCAUUGCUGUGGUUAUGGGCAUUUAGAAAACUUGAAAGUCAGCACUAAAGGAUGGGCAGAGGUUCAACCCACACCUCCACUUUGCUUCUGAAAGCCCAUUAUUAGACCACUUGUAAUGAUUACUCCAACCCAGUUUUUACAUCUUUGGUUCAGAAUGGCAUGUCUCUCCAACAAUUUAAGUGCCUGAUACAAAGUCCAAAGUGUAAACAUCCUCCUCUCCUCUCUUGCUGCUACUGUUGCUUUUGGAAAUUACCACAAGGUCUGCAGAAAUCUGUAUAACUGUAGACACCUCUUCCAAUCUUUCUCAAAGGAGGAAAUGUUGUAGCCUUCAAUCUCUUCAUUUGUCCUUUGAGAAAGUCCACAUUUAUUCACGAUUGCAGCCUUUGGUUUUACAGUGAAAAAUAGAGGCAGAUGAGAUGGACGUCUGUGGUCCAGUGGCAUUGUACUGCCUACUAACAGCUGCACACAUAGCUGUCUUCACACCCACAGUGAUGCUUAGGAAAAGGCCCUGCCCAGGAUGUUUACACAAAGGCCCUACCCAGGACCAGUAAGUCAGCACCCUAGAGCAGACUGAUAGGGCAAUGAGACCCAUGUUAGAAAAGAAAAUUAGGGUUUGGCACAUUUUACCUGUAGUAGAGAUCCAGGAAAGGUUUUCUGGGUUGGGGGUUUUGUUUUUUAAUUUCUUUAGUGGGUUUUGGUUUGUUUAACCUCUGUGCAGUUUGCAUGAAUGAAUUGUUAUCCGUUUAGAAGGAGCCAGGGUCUGGAAGGUUGACAUUGCUUUAUCUAAUCCAGAUACUUUCUUGGACAACUCCUGCCAUUUGUUUCCAGUUGUCCCUACCUGGUAAUGGCAGUAUGCUGGCAAGAGGUUAUACUACAAAGAGAGCCCUUUCCUUUUACUUCAGAGUUGUUGCAUAGCUUUGCCGUUGAACCCAUCAAUUUUUAAACUCUAAAGGAGAAGCUGGUUUUUUUGAAAUUAGAGAAGAUUAUUUCUCUCUUUAGGGAAUUCUACUUGGACAUAUUCAUAUAUAUAUGGCGUUUGUCAGCUAACUCAGGCAUUCAUCGUAAAGAUCAACAACUCUCUGUUUUAAAAAACUGGCAUUAUUUACAAUUUCAUAGAAUUACUGCGAAGGCCUUUCUUGUUAAGAUGUUGGGAUAUUUGGGGUUCCAAUUGUUAAUCCCAGAGGAAGGUAAUUUAGCUUGUAUUUAAAACUUUUUUAACCUUUUAAUUAUAUCGAGUAGAAUUCUGAUGAAUUAUCCUAAUCAGCUCUAUUUCAGAAGGAAUGUCUUUUUCCUUCAGAAUGACUUAGAAUCAGAUGCUAUAAGGGCUACUAGGAGCAGUGUGAAAUUUGCAUAAAGAUAAAUUUGGGUGCCGUGGCCAAGUUUGUAUUAAGUGAAGAGGCCCUUUCCAAUGUGCUUUUUUGUUUCUUUUUAUUUGUAUAACUCAAUAAAUCCCUAAGAGAUAUGUGCUGGAGCUUGAGUCAUUCCUGUUGUGGAUAAUGAUGGAGAGCCCACACAGUCACCUUCUACUGUCCACAUAAGCUAGGCUCUCUGCUUUUGGACAGUGUGGCUGAGAAAUUUCCGGAAUGGAUAACCCAUCACAACCUUGGUAAUUCCUCCUUUUUCUCUUAUGUUCCAUGAAUUGACAGCAGGACUCUUCAGACUGCCCUAGAUAGCCUACAUUGCAACUCUCAGAAUUAUGAAAGGUUAUAACUAAUACUCCAAAAUAGGCAGCUAGCACUGGUAAAGCCCGUGUGGUGAUCCCACGUUUUCUUGAGGUUCUUCUUUUCUAUGGUGUAGCUUUAUUAUCAAAUAAAUUCAGAAAGCAGUUCUUGCACUUUAACAGACAAGAACCAUACCUGUUUCUUGCAAAGGUACGUUGGGCUUCAGGAGUGACACAGAGGUCCAGCCCCAGACCUUGUGAGUACUUUGAACACCAAGCAGAUACCUCCUCCCCAAGCCCCAUGCCAGCAUUAUUUAGGGCUGGCUGUGAAUUCUGUGCCAGAGUCACUCCUGCAGGCUGCUAGGGAUGGGACUUCCCAUCCCGCCCUCUCACACAUCCCAGUCUAGUCUUUUCUCUUCACAGAGCCCUCCUUGACACCUCUGACUCACUGAUGGUUGCUGUUUUACAGAAUAGAAUUGAUCAGGUUUAAGUCCUCCUGCUUUAAGUACUAGUUGACAUGGAUCAUCCAUCCAGACCCUCACUGUAUAUAGGGCCCCUGGGAGCAUUUAGGUUGAAGAAGGGAGACUUUAAAGGGACCAGCGUGAGUGAAAUAGGACAUAGCCAUUACCACAGUGCCAGGACAUGACAGCGUUGCAAUUUUUUUUGCAGCACGGGGAAUCAAAGGUGGCAGACCAAGUUUGACUCAGGGCUGUGGUGUCCACAUUGUCCACAUCACCAAGCCCUGCACUGAUGGUUGAGCCUCACAGGAAGGAGUGUGUGUUAGGAAGAGAUCCCUUUAUUAACUGUUUCAUGUUGUUCUCUUCUAUGGUUAGAGCUUCCUGCCCUCUUUUCUGGCUUUGCUGUUGAUUUUAGAUGGUAGAGAAUAUUCCUGAGAGCCUUGAAGUCCAACCUGCAGUAUUGUCCUUCCUUUUGGCCCCCAGCUUAUCCCACCCAUUCUCUUGGUUGAAUUCUCUGAAGGAAGGGUUCAUGUGCUUUUGUCCUCUUAGUCAAUGGUCUUUAUGUAUAAUUGUGUUAUAUAUAAGUGCUAUAGAUUCUUAGAAAUCAGAGUAGAGCUUUACUUUGAGCAGUUUAAUGAGUAUGAAUUCAGCAGCAAAGUGGCAACAAAUGGUUCUCCAGCCAGGAGAGGUUACGUUCAUCCUCUGACUGCUUGGAUUCUCUGCUCACAGUGGUGGAGUAGUCAGCGAGAGGUGCCACUGGUGCCCCACAGCAUCCUGGGCACACAGUGCUUUGUAUGUCGUGUCAUAGUGUACAAACAAUCCUCUCUCAUUUAGAAAAAGUGAAACAGCAUUUUGCACAGAGUAAAAGGAAAAAGACCCAUGAAUGUCAUCUUUUACCUUUUGUUUUCAGUUGGCUGAUGUUGGAAUUUUUGUUCUUGACAACCACUUGUAUACCAAUCUUGCCAAGAUAUGAAUUGUUUUGGUUUUUCACUAUGAUUACCUCUUGUUCCUCCUGUCUUGACUGCUGACGUUCCUCAAUGAUUCUAAUGUCUAUUUUAUGGGAAGCAGUCUUCCCAUGGGUUUCCUUUACAUACUGCAGGGCUAUCUUUAUACCUUAAAAAAAAAAAAAAAAAAAAAAAAACUGUCACUAACCUCAUGGGGGAUUUGCAUAAAACCAUUUAGCCCACCUUGUGCAAAGAGUAGAUUCCUCAUUGUUUUUUUAAGCUCAUUGUAAUAAAAACUCUAAUUCAGCAUUAUUGUGCUACCUCAAAGGUAAAAAUGUUUUAAGGUCUUCUUUUGUUCCUAAGUUCUACACAUAGUGUUUGAAAUGUCUCUCAAUUGGAAUUAUUUUUUAAAUCAUUGGGGUGAAUCUUAUUUUAACCUAUUUUACACUUGUAUUUUAAUCUCAGAUGAAUAAGUAAUUGGAAAGUGAUCAAUUCUUGCUCUGUAGUUUUAAAGAUAUAAUUAAAGUCACUGAGAAUUAAAUCAUUGUUUGCCAUAAACAAGGUUGGGUUUUUUUAAAAGGAAACUCUAGGACUCGGCUUCACUCUUGAUUAAUAAAGGCUGACAAAUCA